AUGGAUGGGCCAAACCACACCACAGUGACCCAUUUCGUCUUCUUGGGGCUAACCAGUAACCAGGGUCUGGGGCUGGCUUUCUUUGUAAUCUUCUCCAUAAUCUAUCUGCUUAUCCUAAUCGGGAACCUCCUCAUCAUCGUCACUGUGGCUUGUGACCGCUGCCUCCACACCCCCAUGUACUUCUUCUUGGGCAACCUCUCUUUCAUCGACAUCUGCCAUUCCUCGGUCACUGUGCCAAAGAUGCUCUUCGAUUUCCUGUUCAUCCAGAAGACCAUCUCCUUCAGGGGCUGUAUAGCACAGCUCUUCUUCCUCCACCUCUGUGCCUGUGCAGAGAUCUUCCUCCUCACCAUCAUGGCUUACGACCGUUAUGUUGCCAUCUGCUGCCCACUGCAAUACCUGUCCCUAAUGAGCCUGAAGGUCUGUGCUUGGUUGGUGGGGGCCCUGUGGGUGGGAGCAAUAAUCCACUCCCUCGUGCAGACCGUUCUCACCCUCCGCCUCCCGUAUUGUGGCCCCAAUGUCAUCGACAGCUUUUUCUGUGAUGUCCCCCCAGUGAUCAAGCUGGCCUGCACCGAUAGCUACUGGACUGGGGUUCUCGUUGUGUCCAACAGCGGCAUGAUCUCCGUAGUUUGCUUCCUGGCUUUGCUGGGUUCCUAUGCUGUCAUCUUGGUCUCCCUCAGAGGACGGACAGCUGAGUGCCGGCGCAAAGCCCUCUCCACCUGUGCUUCCCACUUGCUUGUCGUGGCUUUAUUCCUGGGGCCUUGCAUCUUUAUUUACACCCGCGUUGCCUCCAACUUCUCAGCGGACAAAAUGGUGGCGGUUUUCUACACAGCGGUGACCCCUGUGCUCAAUCCUCUGAUCUACACACUGAGAAACAAAGAGGUGAAGAACUCCAUGAAGAGGCUCAGAAACUGGCGAAAGGUCUUCUCCAUGAGAAAAUGA